AUGUUGGUAACUCCAGACAACUUUGGGCUUGUUGAGCCCGGAAUUUACCGUUGUUCGAAGUUAGAACUGGACAAUUUUCCGUUUUUGGAAACUCUCCAGUUGCUGUCGUUAGUUCUCUUGGAUGCUGAAAAACCACCCCGAGCUUUGAACGAUUUCAUUCUGGCCCACAAGAUCGAGUUGUUUAGCUUGGGAAGACUCAAGAUCUCGAACCAUCAUCAUACAGGAGCGGAGGUUUCCAACAGUAAGGAUGAAGACGAUGACGAUGACACUCUUUCUACAAGCAGCAAAGGUUCCGAUAAAGGUAGCACAUCUAUAAAUACACAGCUAGAAGAAAGCAAGAACGCGAUUGAAGUAAUCUCGUUGAACAUCAACAAGAACAAGAAUGACCAAUGGAUGCUAAUAGAGAAGAACCUCAUUCUGAGAGCUUUUGAGCUCUUGUUGAACAAACACAAACAUAAUAUACUUCUUGUAGAUUCGACAGCCACGUUGAUCGGAAUACUAAGAAAGAUUCAGAAGUGGAACUUCCUUUCCAUUUUGAAUGAGUACCGAAUCUAUUCCGGAAGUUCGUCGAAGAACAAUUACUUUGCUGAGACGUUCUUGGAGUUGAUCCAGACAGAGUUAAUUCCCUACGAAAUUGACCAGCUCAAUCAGCAGGUGAAACAGCAACAGCAAUAUAUUCAACAACAAGAAGAACAGCAACAGCAGCAACAGCAGCAUGAACAAGAAAACGAAGAUAUUCCCAAUGCUGACUUCAAGUUGUCAGAAAGUCUUUUUAAACGCCCGGAGUUCCUGAAAAGUACUUCUCGUUCCAGUUCUAUAAAUGGAAUAAACGAAGAAAUAUGGGACGAAGACGAUGUGAACAGCAUUGAUGAUGACGAUAUGGACGACGAUUUACUUUCUGCAUCACCUCAGAUUCCAGCCAAUUUGCUAAAACUUGUAGAACAGCGCAAACAAGAGGACAAGAGAGACAUCGAUUCUGACAAUGAUAGCACUCCUGGAACUUCUCCCAAGUUGGGAAGAACCAGUAGACAUGGUAGUUUUAACAAUAACGAAAUAUACUUGACCGCGGCCAGAAUGAAUCUUGAGCGCAGAAGAUCUUCUAUUGACUCCAAAUUCAUGAGAGCCAGUAAUAGCAAGUUCCGCAAUCAGCAAUCUCCAAGACCUAUUCAUGCACAGAGGGCCUCGUUUGAUAGUGCUACCCCCAUAAUAAAAAGAGGCAAAGAUAAGGACAUGUUACCUAAAUUCAUGACUAAUACAGAGAUCGAAGCCAUCAGAUACAAGUAUGACUAUAAAUACUACAAGAAUCUAAAUAAGUAUCCUACUACGUUUGAGAAUGUCAGCGUUGUCAAGUUGAAGUUGCCAGCAGAUAAUAAGUUGCCCAAGUGGUUUAUACGGGGGCGUGAUUUCUGGGAGGGUCAUUAUAAGACGACAAAUGGAAUAGAAUAG